AUGGAACCCGUCAACAAAUCUGGGAAACGGAGACGUGGAAGAUGUAAACAUUGGACACUUGGCCACGGAUCUCCCCCGGACGGCCACUUGUUUCCAGCUGUUGCAGCUGGGAGCCCUGAGACGCUGGAGGAAGGUGUGGACAGACAGGGCCAGUCGGCGCUCCACUUGGCCUGCCUCGACGGCCAGCUGGCUGCGGUUCAGCUCCUGGUGGAGUCCGGGCGGAGCCCGGUCGACUGCACCGACCUGCAGGGUCGCCAGCCCGUCCACGUGGUGCUGUCGCCCCGCAGCUCACCCAACGCCUCCACCUGCCUGACGUACCUGCUGGAGCACGGGGCCGACGCCAACGCCACCACAUAUUCAGGGACGACCCCGCUGCACCUGGCCGCCACCGAAGGCCUCCUGGAGUGCGCAGAGACCCUCACGCGGGCCGGCGCCGACGUGUUGGCCCGGGACAGCAUGGGACACACUCCCCUGGAUGCGGCCCGCAUCUGGUGUCACAGGGAGGUGGCGAGGUAUCUGAAAAGCUGCGUGUGGCAGGCUGAGAAGAAGAAAGAAAUGCAGGAGAGGAAGCUGGUUCAGACUUUAUACAGCGACCUCGUGGAUACGGUCAAACUCAAUGGCCUCAACAAAAAGACACUCGUAGACGAGAAGAUGGCAGAUUGGGCGGACAAAAAAGGCUUUCCUCUCCUAAAGGAUUUCUCCCCCAGCGUCUCGGUGAGUCAGUACCACACCCAGUGCCUUCCACCACAUCAGACCAGCCCUCAUUCAAAACGUGCCAGGCAGCCAUGGAAGCCGCAGUCAGGAGGUCCCCUGGAGGACAACGCCCCCUCCUCCUCCAGACCCUGGACCAUCUUCAUGGGCCUCCAGCCGGAGAAACCCCUCAGAGAGCCCGACCUCCGGGACAAAGUCACGGUGUGGAGGGACCGCGGCGAGAGGCCGCCUCAGUAUGCGACCGAGUGGGACGGCGUGCGUCGCUCCGCCCCCGAAGUGCCUUUGGAUCUCCUGGAGAGGGUGUUGUUCCCCAGAGCCUUCCCUUCCAGGAUCGCCUCGCCCCGGUCCUUUGAGCCACGGGACAUAGCGGGGGUGCAGCACAGAGGACGCCCCCAAGGGCAGAGCCCCUCCCCCUGGACAGAGGUGGCCAUGCACCUGGCUGAAGUACUGGAGCCGGGACACUACUGACCAUCGCACUCUGUUCUGGAGGCGCUCCUGAAAUUAGUAGGUGCGUGGAGGAAAUGUAUUAAAACCCGACUCAAUAUUUUUUUAUCUAAAUCUUGAGGGAGAAUGAAAGAGCAUGAAGCCCUUUUUUUUAGAUUUAAUAGUUUUAUAAUAACAUUGAGGAAGUGAACAUGAAGCAAUUCAGUGAAACUUCAGCGUGCAACAGCUGACACUUCCCCAUCUACAUAUUCAGCCAAGACCUCAGCUCGAAGGGACAAGAUUAAAAAUGCCACACAAUCCAGACGCUACACCUCCAAAAGCAGGGAGGGGGUGGAGGGGGGGGGGGGGGACCGAGAGGUGAGAAAAACCUCAGUGAACUGGGUCACCUGUCUCAGAUGGAUCCGUGCACUUUCGCUGCUCUCCCCGGGGAACUGACUCGGGAUGCGGCUGAGGGCUCGUCAACAGCAGGUUGUGACUGGGAGCUGUGGCCUGUCAGCUUAGGGUGUGUGUGUGUGUGUGUCGGCACGCUGUGGGUUUUUUCCUUUACUUCACACCUCGGCGGGGGUCAAAGGGCACACUGGCCUCAACCUGGUGUGACCCAGCCACGUGGGACUUGGAUGACGUGAAGUCCUCCAACUAGGCCCGUAUAGC